UUAAUGUGGUCAAUCUUAUCCAAACUCGUGGAUAUUAUAAUGAUCGAUGGAUCGUGAGAAGUCGAGAGAGAGCCCUUCACUAGAGGGCAGAAGAAGAGAAGAGAACUCGUUAGCGGCGCCACGAUCGGCCGGAACGAUGAAUAUUGCUCAUACAAUCUUCGGCGUUCUCGGAAACGCAACUGCUCUGUUCCUGUUCUUGGCACCGACGAUCACGUUCAAGCGGAUCGUCAAGAACAGAUCGACGGAACAGUUUUCAGGGAUCCCGUAUCCGAUGACUCUCCUAAACUGUCUCCUCUCUGCUUGGUACGGACUUCCCUUUGUCUCGAAGAACAACACGCUUGUGUCGACAAUCAAUGGGACAGGAGCUGCGAUCGAGAUAAUCUAUGUGUUGAUCUUCCUCGUAUUUGCUCCUAAGAAGGAGAAAGCUAAGAUCUUUGGUAUCUUCACCUGCGUGAUCACGCUCUUCUCUGCAGUGGCUCUUGUUUCUCUCUUCGCCCUCCAUGGCAACUCCAGGAAGCUCUUCUGUGGUCUGGCCGCCACCAUUUUCUCCAUCAUCAUGUAUGCAUCUCCCCUCUCAAUCAUGAGAAUGGUGAUAAAGACAAAGAGCGUGGAGUACAUGCCCUUCUUCCUCUCGCUCUUUGUCUUUCUCUGUGGCACAUCCUGGUUCAUAUAUGGCCUCCUCGGCCGUGACCCGUUUGUCGCUAUCCCAAACGGCUUCGGGUGUGGGUUAGGAGCAACGCAACUGAUACUCUACCUGAUAUACUACGGAAACAAAGGCGAGAAGGCGGAAGAGAAGAAGUCUGUGGAGAUGAAAGGGGAGGAGAUGCAACAUCAACUGGUCUAAGGUUGCUUUUGGAUCGAGCCCUUUGUCUUCUUCGUUUUAGUUCAGUGUUCCUUAGGAUGUUGUCCGAACAACAUGUAAAGAAAUGAAAGGAGAAGAUGCAAAUCUCUCCCUCUCUCUCUCUGUUGAAGAACAUCAUUGAAAUAUGAGUGUUGUUUAAGCACAGAAUCAUUCAAUGGAAGUUAGGUUAGCUUUCAUGUAAA